GAGAGAGAGAGAUUGAGAUGCCAAAUCAUUUCCAUGCGGAUCUUGGAGGCGCGGCGCCCACCCAUGCUACAUAAGGUGGCAGUAGUAGUAGAGCCGAGUGACACCACCGCACCCCCGCUGCUCUCUGCUCCACCACCGUGACGCACGCCCUUCCGCCAGCGACGCCCAACCCACGCACACUCGCACCGCACCAAGAGCUUUCGGAGGCAGAGGAAGAGGAAGAAGCCAUGGGCGAGGAGGAGAAGAAGGAGGCGAAGCCCAAGGAGGAGGAGAAGCCCAAGGAGGAGGCCAAGAAGGAGGAGGGGGCGGCGGCGGCGGCUAAGGAGGAGAAGCCCAAGGAGGAGGGGGAGAAGGGGAAGGAAGGCGGCGGCGGCGGCGAGGAGAAGAAGGACGGCGAGGCGGAGGCGCCGCCUCCUCCCCCGCCACCGCCGGAGGAGGUGGUGAUGCGGGUCUACAUGCACUGCGAGGGGUGCGCCAGGAAGGUCAAGAAGAUCCUCAAGGGAUUCGAUGGAGUGGAGGAUGUGAUCGCCGACUCGAAGGCGCACAAGGUGUUGGUGAAGGGCAAGAAGGCAGCCGCCGACCCAAUGAAGGUGGUGGAGCGCGUUCAGAAGAAGACCGGCCGGAAGGUGGAGCUCCUCUCGCCGAUACCACCCCCUCCAGAGGAGAAGAAGGAAGAGGAGAAGGAGGAGCCUGAGCCUCCAAAGCCUGAAGAGAAGAAGGAGCCACCGGUGAUCGCUGUUGUGCUGAAGGUGCACAUGCAUUGUGAGGCCUGUGCUCAGGGGAUUAAGAAGAGGAUCCUCAAGAUGAAAGGGGUACAAUCAGCCGAGCCAGACCUCAAGGCAUCGGAGGUAACCGUGAAGGGUGUGUUUGAGGAGGCGAAGCUGGCUGAGUACGUGCACAAGCGCACCGGCAAGCAUGCUGCCAUCAUUAAGUCGGAGCCGGUAGCCCCUCUGGAGAAGGCGGCAGCCGAAGGUGGCGACGAGAAGAAGGCAGCCGAAGGUGGCGAUGAGAAGGAGGAGAAGGAGGAGAAGAAGGAUGGAAAAGACGAUGGUGGCAAUGGCGGCGGAGACGAGAAGAAGGAAGAGAAGGAGAAGGAGGGUGGCAACGCCGACGGCGAAGAGAAGGACAAAGACAAGGAGAAAGAUCCGGCGGCCAUUGCCGCUGCAAACCUGUACCUGCAAUAUCCAAGGUUUGCAUUCCCUGCCGGAUACUACCCGCCCGGGCCUAGCUAUGCCUACCCGCCACCAUACCCGCCAUCCUAUCCGCCAUCUUACCAGCCAUCUUACCCGCCAUACCCGUCGCACCCGGCGCACAACCCAUCACAGAUCUUCAGCGAUGAGAACCCAAAUGCCUGCUCCGUCAUGUAAAAAGGUUAGAAGCUAGGGGCCUAGAGUGAAAAAAGAAUAAGAAGAGCACAGGACUGCAAAAAUUUGGAGGGUGCCAUUGCAACAAGUGCCUUUGAGCAAAGCAAAAUGGCAGCUUGAAGAAAGUACCAGGCUUUUUGGGGGGUUAGAUAUCUUUUUAACCUUCUUUUUGUAAUUUUAACCUUCUCUUCACUGGUAUAAACUAUAACGUAAGUCUGGACUUCCUUGCGAGAUUAUGGAUGCUAUCUUAUGUAGAAUUUUGCUCUGUACUGUUUCACCUUCAAACUAAUGUAAAAACUGUACUAUACUAGUAUAAUUCUUAGGUGUACCUGGGUUCCCUGUCCU